UUUCUUUCCUAUCAUUUCCAAGCACUCGUCUCUCAGUUUCUCUUCUCUCUAAAUUUAUUGUGUUUAUUGAUCUAUUUUCCGUCAUUUUUUGACGAAUAGAUAAAUAAAUAACACCAGAUUAGUAUUUUUCUUUGGUUUUGGCUCGUCGAGUCAUGACUCGGCGAUGCUCGCAUUGCAGCAACAACGGCCACAACUCACGCACGUGUCCCACGCGCGGUGAUGGCGGAAUUAGCGGUGGAGGAGUGAAGCUAUUCGGCGUCCGCCUGACGGAUGGCUCGAUAAUAAAAAAGAGUGCGAGUAUGGGAAAUUUGUCGUCGGCGCACUACCAUAGCUCGUCAUCAGCCGCCGUUUCGCCUAAUCAUGACUCUCCUCUAUCCGAUCACGUUCGUGACCACAACCACGAUCCCGACGGCUAUCUCUCUGAUGACCCCGCUGCACACUUCUCAACCAAUCGUCGCGGAGAUAGAAAGAAAGGUACCCCAUGGACCGAAGAGGAACAUCGGCUCUUUCUAGUUGGCCUCCAUAAAUUAGGGAAAGGGGACUGGCGGGGGAUAGCUCGGAAUUUUGUGGUGUCAAGGACACCUACUCAGGUAGCAAGUCAUGCCCAGAAGUAUUUCAUCCGUCAGAGUAAUUUUAGCCGAAGGAAGAGACGUUCAAGCCUUUUCGACAUGGUUCCGGAUGACAUGGAUACGGAUACACUCACUGUGCCCGAAGAGCACGUUUUGCCGCCUUCUUCACAGGUAGAAGAAGCCGACAAUGCGAAUUCAAUACCUUCAUUAAACCUCUCUCUCAACUCGGAAUUCGAGCAUGGAGAAGAUGCAGCAGCACAAGGAGGAGUUAAAGAAACUGAAGAAACCAUGAUGAGAUCAAGCGGAAUCACACCUAUGGUCCAUGGUUUCUUUCCACCUUACGUACCCGUUCCUUACCCCUUCUGGCCACCGAAUCCAGCCCCACCAAAUGAAGAUAAGGGCAUAGAAGCAUCUCAACAUCAGGUACUGAAGCCGAUCCCAUUGCUUCCCAAAGAACCUGUCAACGUAGACGAAGUAGUCGGUAUGUCUCGGCUUAGUAUCGGAGGGGCCGAGAAUGGCCACAGAGAGCCUUCACCACUAUCCUUGAAACUACUUGGAGAACCAUCGCGACAAUCAGCAUUUCAUGCCAAUGCUCAACCUGGUGGGAGGGAUUUGAGCAAUGGUAAGACCAGUGCCAUUGAAGCGGUCUUACUCUGAACUCGGAAAUGCAGGGAGGGAAGGUGGUACAGCUACAUCUUGUUUAGGUUAU